CUUUUUUCGCUCCUCACUUGCUUCCAGUUCUUUUACUGUACUUCUUACAGACAAUACUCAGCUGGCUGAUUGGAGCAUGGAGCCAGAAGCAGCAGCGUGGGUACCUUGGGAUUCUCAGUUGACCCAAUGGAGCAUGGAACUAAGUGACUGCUUUCAGAUGGCCAAUAGGACCAUCGAACCAGCAGUAUGGACUCCUGGCCUCCCUGUGGAGUAUCAGUAUGCGGCCACUGAGAUAUUUGGUAACUUCCUCCAAACAUCUAACCCUACUAGCUCUAGUAGUGGAGGGCAGAUGAUUCAGUAUGCAGCAGGCACACAAAAUGUUCUGAUUGAGAAAGCCGCAGCACAAGAGUUUGAGGAAGCGGCACGGGAGUUCAAGGUUGACAUGGACUUGAUGAGAAUGAGGAUCCAUAGGUACCCUCCAAGCCUUCGAGAGUUCGAUGAAUGGUAUACCCUCCCGAGGAUGGUGGCCAUCGGCCCUUACCACCAUGUUCGACUCCGGGACCAGCCCAAGCAGGUGGAGAAGGUGAAGCAUGUGGCCGCCUACCACUGCAUCAGAGAAUCGGGCCACUCUCUCCAGGAGGUGUACGGUGCGGUCGUCUCAGCCGCGCACGAUGCCCGCCGCCUCUACGGCAAGGACGUGAUGGCAGGUAUCGGCGAUGCUGACUUCCUACCUAUGAUGUUUUAUGAUGCUUGCUUCUUGGUGCAGUACAUGCUUUGGUGUACGCAUGGCAUCGCCGAGAUGGAUGCGUCAUUGCGCAGCUUCUUUGACUUCAACCGCAAAGUCCUCCGCCAUGACCUCAUGCUGUUUGAGAACCAGCUCCCCUGGAGGGUGGUCGCGACCGUCAUGAGGUUCAGGCCGGUGAACUUGGUAGACUUCAUUUCUGAUUGGAGAGAAUAUCUGCAAGACCGCAAGGUUCUCGAAGAAAAGCCUGUCGUCUUGGAUGAUAGCUACGAGCCACCACAUCUCCUUGGCCUGCUCCGUUUCUACAUGGUAGGAAGAAGCAAGUCCAAGCGACACACUGGAGCAAAAUUAGACUCCAUAUCAGUUUCUGUUAGUGCCAUCGAGCUCGCCGAGAUCGGCAUCACACUCACUGCAGCCAAGGACACCAUAGAGCUCAUUCACAUGGGCGUCAACAUGAGAGGGAUCCUCUCCGCCGAGCUCUCCCUGGUGCCCCUAUCUCUGGACGAUGAGCGUGCAAGCUUCCUCCUCAACAUGGUGGCCCUCGAGCUAUGCACGACCUCGAAUUUCCUAGCUGCUGAAGAUGAAGACUCUGCCGUCUGCUCGUACCUCCUCCUCCUCUCCAUGUUGGUGCAUAGGGAGGAGGACGUGCAAGAACUGCGAACGAGGCAUCUCCUACAAGGCGGAGCCGGACUCAUUAACAAGGACGCCCUUGACUUCUUCACCAUGUUUCAGAGCCUGCCCCUGCGUGGAUCCUGCUUCGUCCGCGUCAUGGUGGAAAUCGAGAAGUACAAGAUCAGCAUGCGGAUGUGGACCAAGGUGCACACGUUUUUUUACAGGAACAAGAAAACCAUCCUCACCGUCUUCUCCAUCAUUGGUGUACUUGUUAGCAUCUUAGGGACGCUCAUGUCUCUCAAAUCCCGUUCUAAGCUUUAACUGCCACUGCUCUUGUGACGGUUAAGUCGUGGGUACAUGGCUCUAAUUAAGCACUAGAAUCAAAUGAGUGCUGGUAUACACAUAAAUAUUUAGACGGUUGUGAGUUUAUCGGCUGUGGAUAUUGACGUCGGCGUACGUUGAAGUUAUACAAAAAGUAAUUCCCUCAGUAUGUAUAAAUUCUCUGUAUUUGAAUUCUAU